UCCUACACAACACCACAACUCCAUUUAGUACUCUAAGCAGUUUCUGAGUUCCAAAACUCGAAACUAUUCAAAAUCCGAAGCCCAAACCUCGAAUUCCGAAAUCCGAAAAAAUGGCAGAUUCAGAAGGUGAACCCGGAAGCUCCAUGCAUGGAGUGACAGGCAGAGAGCAAACCUUUGCAUUUUCAGUAGCAUCACCAAUUGUCCCAACAGACACGACAGCCAAAUUCGACUUGCCAGUCGAUUCAGAGCACAAGGCCAAAGUUUUCAAACUAUUCUCUCUGGCCAACCCUCACAUGAGGACGUUCCACUUGUCUUGGAUCUCCUUCUUCACUUGCUUUAUCUCAACAUUUGCAGCUGCUCCUCUCGUCCCUAUCAUCCGAGACAACAUAAACCUCACGAAGCAAGACAUCGGAAAUGCCGGAGUUGCCUCCGUCUCAGGCAGCAUAUUCUCAAGGCUUGUGAUGGGUGCGGUGUGUGAUUUGAUAGGGCCACGCUACGGCUGUGCGUUCCUAAUUAUGCUCAGCGCACCCACUGUGUUUUGCAUGUCGUUUGUGGCUGACGCUGGGGGUUACAUAGCAGUUAGGUUUAUGAUUGGUUUUUCCCUUGCAACAUUUGUGUCGUGCCAAUAUUGGAUGAGCACAAUGUUUAAUGGUAAGAUUAUUGGACUGGUUAAUGGGACUGCAGCCGGGUGGGGAAACAUGGGCGGUGGGGCAACCCAACUCUUGAUGCCAUUGAUGUUCGACAUCAUCGGUAGAUGUGGAGCAACUCCUUUUACUGCCUGGAGAAUUGCAUUCUUCAUUCCAGGGUGGUUUCAUAUCAUUACUGGAAUCAUGGUGUUGACCCUUGGCCAAGACUUGCCCGAUGGGAAUCUUGGUGCCUUGCAGAAGAAGGGUGAAGUUGCCAAAGAUCAAUUCUCCAAGGUAUUGUGGUAUGCUGUCACAAACUAUAGAACGUGGAUCUUUGUCCUUCUCUAUGGCUACUCCAUGGGUGUUGAGUUGUCCAUUGAUAAUGUCAUUGCUGAAUACUUCUAUGACCGAUUUGAUCUAAAACUUCACUUAGCCGGCAUCAUUGCUGCAUCAUUCGGCAUGGCCAACUUUGCGGCUCGUCCCUUUGGUGGGUGGGCAUCUGAUGUAGCAGGCAGGUACUUUGGAAUGAGAGGCAGGUUGUGGACUCUCUGGAUUCUCCAAACCCUAGGAGGAGUCUUCUGUAUAUGUCUCGGCCGAGCCAAUUCACUCCCCCUUGCAGUCCUUGCCAUGAUCCUCUUCUCUAUAGGAGCCCAGGCUGCAUGUGGAGCUACCUUUGGCGUCAUCCCCUUCAUCUCCCGACGUUCCCUCGGCAUCAUAUCUGGCCUCACCGGAGCAGGUGGGAACUUUGGGUCUGGGUUGACCCAACUAGUGUUCUUCUCGACCUCAGCGUUCUCAACUGCCUCAGGGUUGUCUUGGAUGGGGGUAAUGAUUGUGUGCUGUACUCUUCCUGUGACUUUGGUGCACUUCCCACAAUGGGGAGGCAUGUUCCUUCCAGCGUCCAAAGAUGUCGAGAAGUCGACGGAAGAGUUUUACUAUGCAGCUGAGUGGAGUGAGGCGGAGAAGCAGAAGGGGCUGCACCAAGGGAGUUUAAAGUUCGCAGAGAAUAGUAGGUCUGAGCGUGGUAGGCGGGUUGCCUCUGUUCCAACUCCACCAAACACCACACCUUCCCAUGUUUAGUCAACAAAGAGAAAUAUCGACAUGCAAGUGUGAAACACACAAUAGCAAUGAAUACUUUUAUUUGGACCAUCAUAAUUAAUCAUAUUUGUAACUCAUACAAGUGAGUUUUAAAAAUAUGAAUUUCAAGUCUAUUAUAAGGUCGUACAAUACAUAAUGAGUUAAAUUAGGGCAUAUAUAUAUAGUUUCUUUGUACUGAAAAUGGAGGCGGUGUAAUAAGCUAAUAGCGUGUGCUUUUAUUCUAUAUGAUGCAGACAAAUGCUUUUACUUCUCAUAA